CUCUCCUCCUGUAGUCUCUUGCACAGGAUCCCCCCACUACUGCUGUAAUCUAGGACUACUGGCAUACCAGCUUCCAAUGAUGCAAUUCUUCACCAUUCAGAAAGAAACUGAACUUCCUCUGCAGAGCUUCUCCUGGCCUCAUCUCCCACCCUGCUGCCACGCAUUGUAAGCUGCAAGCUGCGUGGAUGGUUUGUACGACUGCCUCUUUUAAAACUGUGACUGCAUGAGCUUCUCUGAUACAUGGCUUUCCUGGCUAACAAUGGACCGCAUCAGCCACCUGCUAGAAGAAUAUAUUCCAGGAUGGAGACCUCCUGCUUGGAGCUAGCAUUAGAAGGGGAGCGCUUGUGCAAGGCCAGAGAUUUCAAAGCUGGUGCAGCUUUCUUUGAAGCAGCUGUUCAAGUUGGGACUGAGGAUCUAAAGACACUUAGCGCCAUCUACAGUCAGCUGGGGAACGCAUACUUCUACUUGAAGGAAUAUGCUAAGGCACUCGAGUAUCAUAAACAUGACCUUACCCUGGCCAGGUCUAUUGGAGAUCGUAUUGGAGAGGCCAAAGCCAGCGGGAACUUGGGAAAUACCCUCAAGGUCCUGGGACAGUAUGAUGAGGCCAUCGCCUGCUGUCAGAGGCACUUGGAUAUCUCACAGGAGCAGGGGGACAAGGUGGGUGAAGCACGAGCAUUAUAUAAUGCUGGCAAUGUAUUUCAUGCCAAAGGAAAGCAACUGUCAUGGAACAUGCCACAGAUUCCAGGAGACCUCUCUGAGGAGGUGAAGGAGACACUCCUGAAAGCUACAGAGUAUUAUGAGAGGAACUUAGAACUGGUGAAACAGCUGGGUGACAGGGCAGCUCAGGGUCGGGCUUAUGGAAAUCUAGGAAACACACACUACCUCUUAGGCAACUUCAACGAGGCCAUCGCUUUCCACAAAGAGAGACUCGCCAUUGCAAAAGAGUUUGGAGACAAAGCUGCGGAGCGUAGGGCGUACAGCAACCUGGGCAAUGCCCACAUCUUCCUGGGGAGGUUUGAUGCCUCUGCUGACUAUUACAAGAAGACUUUGCAGCUCUCUAGACAGCUGAAAGACCAGGCAGUAGAGGCUCAGGCCUGUUAUAGCCUGGGGAACACAUAUACUUUGCUCCAGGACUAUGAACGGGCCAUAGAAUACCACCUGAAACACCUCUCCAUAGCGCAGGAGCUUGGUGACCGGGUUGGUGAAGGACGGGCAUCGUGGAGUCUAGGAAAUGCCUACGUGGCAUUGGGUAACCAUGAAGAGGCCCUGCGAUAUGCUAGAAAACACAUGGAAAUUUCUUGUGAGAUUGGGGAUCGUAAUGGAGAAUUAACAGCUCGCAUGAAUGUAACGCAGCUAAUGUCUGCCCUUGGCAUGAUAUCUAAUGAAGAUGAUAGUGAUGGAGUGCAGUACGAAGGAUAUGAAGCACAAGGUGCCAGACCCAAGAAGCUACACAGAAACAGUAUGGAGAGCUUAGACCUAAUAAAGCUUCCUUCAGAGAAGACUCAGAACGGGGAUAGCCAUCACAUGCCAGAUCUAAAGAAGGAUAGGAAUACAAAACCAGCACGAAACAGAAAAUACAAGGAAAAUCAAUGUUGCACAGAUACCCCAUCUCUGGAUGGCGCUCCAGUCGACACUAUGGAUGUUCGAGUCCAGAUGCCACACCUGAAAAUCAAUCGGGCGCCAUCAGACGAGGAAUGUUUCUUUGACCUCUUGAGUAAAUUUCAGAGUAACCGGAUGGAUGAUCAAAGAUGUACAUUAGAAGAGAACCAGAGCGCAGGGACGGAAACACCAACACCCAUGCCAGCAAUGGAUGACCGGAUAUCUACCUCUUCGCUCAUGGCAUCUCCUCAGACAGAAGAAUUCUUUGACAUGAUUGCCAGCUCGCAGAGCAGGCGACUGGAUGACCAGAGAGCAAGCGUAGGGAACUUGCCUGGUCUACGACUAACACAUAAUAACAUGGGUCAUCUAAAGGUGGAAGGUGACCAGCAAGAGCCAGGUGAUGAAUUCUUCAAUAUGCUGAUGAAAUGUCAGUCUUCCCGAAUAGACGACCAAAGGUGUGCACCACCAGACUCCAUGCCCCGAGGCCCAACCAUGCCAGAUGAAGACUUCUUCAGUCUAAUCCAGAGAGUCCAGGCAAAGAGGAUGGACGAACAAAGGGUGGAUCUCCCCUCCAAUCAGGAAGAUGGAGAAAACCAUGAUAAUCAGAGGAGGCCGAGCUAAGUGUCAGCUAUUAUGUGCAGAUAGCAAAGACCUGUACUGAAGAAACAACUUUCUGAUGAUUCAUCUCCAUGCUGUACCAGGAGACGUUUAUAAAAAUUAGAAAUCUGUGUAUUUUGAAUAGCUGAGACCUAGAGGUCUUUUGGGAGAGUCGUCUUACAUGUGUGAAAUAUCCAAGUGUCUUCAGCCAAUUAGUUAAAUAUUAAAAUGGACCAUCUGUUUUUUUUUUUAAAGACACUUUUUUAGGCAAUUUUAAAAAAGGAAAAAAAAAAAUUGAACCUCAGUUUUCAGAAGGAUGAUGUCAGAGAACAAGAGGAAUUCUUGCUAGAAAGUUCAUAAAGAAUGGUGCACUGGGAGGCUUGUUAUAACGUGUUACAAAAGGUGGGGAUGGUGCUCACAUGAUGCUAUUACUGGUUAUAGCAGGCUUAAUAUUUAUGGGACCAAGUAUCAAACGGCCUUAUUCACUAAAUGGCAAUAAUCAUUUUGUACAAUAGUUUUCUUUUUUUUUACAUUACAUUUAGGAUUUUUAGGAACUGUUGGUAAAGUACAUAGCUCCACUAAAGUGACAUACAUUGCGGUGUAAAACAGCAGCAUGACAUAGUUAAUGACCAGUUGGCGUCAGAAGAAUAUUUUCUGUUUGUAUGCAGAGGGUUCAUUAAAGUCUGUAAAUAUGGGUGGCCACCAGUUGGCUAACUUUGUAUCUCUGGGGAUGGCUCUUUUCUCCCAUCACAGUUAUUUACUAUAGGUAUUUAUAAUGCCAACAAUUUUAUGCAUCGCUUUAAUAAAAACAGUGACAAAGAGAGUAUCCCAUUGUAAAGGCCACAAAAAAGUGGAAACGCAGGGUACUUGGAUGUAGAAAUCACAUUAGUGGGAUCCCUGAAAAAAAUAAGUAUGUGACCACCAAAACGUUGCAAGCAUCUGCCCAAAGCUGAAAUAUUGCUCUCAGGUGGACUGCCUUUAUAUAAAAGCAUAUCAUCUUGCCAUGUAAGGCCUAGCUGGCAGGAAACAGGUACUACAUUCCAGCAAUAAAACAGGAAAGACUCCGUGGGAGAUGUGCUGACCUAGAUUUCCUGCCGUUCAGUGAAUGAGGCCUAACAACUGCCAAGAGCCUGCAAGUUAACUACUUUCACACCACUGCCCGCUGUCACAAACAUAUCCUAUUAGCACGCAAAAAGUAUAUAGCAGACAGAGAAGUGUCAAUAUUGUUACAUGCUGUCAGGGCUGCGGUUUCUGCUUCAACUCCUGUGCUAUUUAUUGAUACAGCAACUGGGGGCAGCCAUCUUGACUGGGCCCAGUUAGAAGGUGUAGAUGUGAUGGUAUGGCUUCCAAUAAAAAAAAAAAAAAAACAUACUAGUUUAACACUUAGAACCUUAGAAUCAAGCUGCUCAAAUAAUUUUUUUGGCAUGGACUGGUAAAUAAAGACGAACUUUACCUUUAUUGUAAAACAAGUUUUGGGUGGAGUUCAGUAUAAAUGAUACAAAUAAAUAGGGCCAAAAACUGUUAUUCUCUGACUCUUGGACAGCACACUAGUUUUGGGGCAAAGAAGCUGAAGCCAAUUGGCUUAACUGUGGGCAGCAGGAAUAACAGCUUACUUAUGAGAAUACUCAAAUGGGUAUUCUGGGUAUGGGUUUAUGAAAUAAUCUGAAUAUGCAGUCUGAAAUUAUAUUUGUACAUAUUAUUUAAAGAAGCCUUAUAUUUCCUCCUUUAUCCGCUGAAAGUCAGAGGUGAGAAGUCACCCAAGAUCAGAUUUUUCUAAUGCCAAUACUGUCUUCAAACAACAUCUGAGUAAAGCUGGCCAUAACAUAUAUUUGUUUUUGUUCAGCCAACAAGCUAACAGAUGUCUUCUUCUAUGUUAAAGCAUGGAUGGGCGGAUUUCCCAUUUCAGAUAGUGGCUGCAUCUGAUUGGAUGCAGUUGUUCGGUUGACAACUUUGUCAACUGAAGGAUGUCAGGGGUGGGAGAGUAGUGGCAUUUUGGACACUUCAUCAGGACCAGGUCCAAAUUUAACAGUGUAUGGCUAAUUUAAGUUUAAAUUUCUGUCUAUAAAAUAAAAAAAGCAUAACUUUAUCAUAAACAGAGCCUUGUACUGUUAGUUGUUUUUCAUCAUACAACAAGACGUUGUUUGUUUGGUAUUGUUAUGCACUCACAGAGACUGCGCUGUCUCUACAGCUGAAGUUUUGGGUCAGGCUUAGGGAUAAUUUAAAUAUAAUUCUAUCAUAUGUAAGCCUACACAAUAAUCAUUGUGCCUCCUCCCGUCUGGCGCCCUGCAUGUAGGUUAGGGGCCGAGCCCCCGUAUGGAUGGGCUGUCACUGCUCUGCAGGACCAUGGGAGUCUGCCAUGAAUACGGCAAGGACGGUUUCAGGCGCAAAACUGUGCAGCACCCGGAGGAGCUGCACAGUAAAGAUUGCUGGACAAGGAUAAAGGCGAAUAGGUCAGAAGAUACAGUUGUCCUUUAAGUCUGAAUAUUAAGCUCUAUUGUGAUAGGCUUUUUUAAGAGGCAUCCUGUAACAAUAUACUUUUUACAGCACUGAAAUCUGCUUGCUGUGUAAAACUGUUCUUUAGCCACUCUAUAAGGUGUAAUGGCAUACACAUCAUGCCCACCUUAUUAUCAGAGAAGGUGAGUGUAGGAGGGCACUUUAGCAUUGCCAGGCAAUGUUAAGCUGUCCAGCUGGGUGCAACUACAAGUUCCAGGACCUCCAGCUAAAGAAAACACUUUGCCUAACCUCUUAAAGAUAAUGAAAGAAAACGUUCACUUUUAGUGAACUUGACCUUUAUUAUUUCUCUUAAAUACUUACCUUCCUCCCCAUUCCAGCAGUCUUUACUGUGUGGCUUUGCCCGAUGCCAAGCAGCUUUUCCCCCUAAAUUAUCCCCAUCGAGUCCUCUUCUUCGUGCGCAUGUGUGCUGUAGUCCAUUUUUUCCUAUAGGUUAGCUGUAUUUCGGUUCUAAAUCAAUAAGUGGGACUAUAGCAUUUGUGUACUAAGAAAAGGACCCGGUUGGAGGUGUUUUCAAGAGAAAGGCCAUGUGCACUGGCCAGAGUCAUACACUGAAGAUGCUGGAACAGGGAGAAAGGUAGGUACAAAACGGAACAGUAAACAUUUACCAAAAGUGAGCUUGUUCUUGAAAGCUGAAACCAGUUUAAUCUAUAAAUCCUUACAUUAACUAAAUAAGUUCUUAGAGAUCCAGCUCAGUGAUCUAGAAAUGCAUGAAAAGUUUCCUGUAAGAUAAUUUAGUUGCCAUAUUGCACACAUUAAUUGUAAUUAAGAGAGAAAUUCAAACAUUAUAAUUUAUUGUAUUUUUUUUACUGUC